AUGUUGCUGGCAAUCCUCAUCUCAUUCUGCCUGGCCCAGAUCUGCCUCGCAGACCUUGGCAGGGACGCUCAGCAAAAACGCCUCUAUGACUUCGGCUUGGGGAAAAGAGCUGCAUACACUUAUCUCUCCGAGUACAAACGGCUACCCAUCUAUAACUUUGGACUUGGCAAACGAGCUGACGACAGCUACUACUACAAACGAUUUAACGACAUGGACUUGGAAUAUGAAGAUGACGACGUCAAAGACGACUUUAAGAGAAUGAAACAAUACUCCUUCGGUUUGGGAAAACGCCUUCCUCUCAAAACCUACAACUUUGGUCUUGGAAAACGAUCUCAAUUCGAUGACCGAGAGGCGAGCUUCAACGAAGGUUUCGAUGAUGACAAGAGAUCCAACAAUGGUCACAGGUUUUCUUUUGGGCUGGGAAAGAGAGACGGCGCUAAGCAGGAACUACCAGGCAGAAGAAGCAUGCAGUACAACUUUGGACUUGGCAAACGAAGUCAACCCAAAGAUGAAAUGAACCCCAACUUCAAUUUAUAA